AUGCGGAAGCGAGUCACCAUGUGCCAGUGGUUGUCAGACAAGAUUGAUGAUGAACCGGAAUUUCUCGACAACAUGUGGUUUUCAGACGAGGCCCACUUUCUGCUGUCUGGGCACGUUAACUCUAAGAAUAACAUUUUCUGGGGCAGCACACCCCCUGACCACUGCCUGCAAAGGCCCUUGCACUCUGUCAAGUGUACUGCCUGGGUGGCCAUUUCAACUCAUGGCAUUAUCGGGCCAUUCUGGUUUGAGGACGAUGACGAGCGGUCCUUGACUGUGAACACGGAGCGCUACAUCCAGGUCCUGCGCAAGUUCUGGGUAGCACUUGGCCGACGUAGAGGCAUUGACAGAGCCCUCCAGUGGUUUCAACAGGACGGAGCCACCCCUCACACCUCCGAUAGAUCCCUGGAGUGGCUGCAGCAGCGCUUCGAGGACCGACUCAUCAGCCGCAGGUGCCACCCGGAGUGGUCACCGCACUCACCAGACCUGAACCCCCCAGACUUCUACCUGUGGGGUUACCUCAAGGACAGGGUGUAUGAGCACAACCCCCAGACCAUCCCUGACCUCAAAGCAGCCAUCACAGCAGCCAUCAGAGCCAUCCCGAGAGAGGAGUGCAGGAGGGUCAUUGAGAACUUUGCCAGGCGAAUCCAA